AUGGCUGUCGAAGAAGCAGACCAUGAAGAGGCCGGUGAUGGUGACCUGCGUCCUGAUCUGGCAUUGGCUGCUGCUCCUGCAAUGGGGAUCGGUCGCGAAGGUGUCAUCUUGCCAUUGAAAGAACCCAUUCUCUUGACACCCGGUGCAGCCAAGGCCGACGAGGAUGGGAUGGAUGAUGAGGUUGGUGUUGGUGUUGCCUUGGUCUUGAGAUCUCUAGCCAUGUUGCUGCUGCUGGUUCCCCCCGCGUUGUUGGCAUUUUUUCCGGCACUACCAAUCACUGAAGUUCGGGCGUUCCUUCCCGAAGCUGUUGUCGUCGUCGCCGUUGCUGAUGUUGCUGAGAAAUGGGACUUUUCACCCCUGGAAGAAGACGAAGGAUUGGUGCCGGAUCCACUGGCAAUCGGUGGUUUCGUGUUUGUCUUUGUGAUCACGUUCGAGAGAUCCGCAGAGCUGGUAGCCGACAAGAGGUACUUGAGUCCCAAGACCCCGUGUGAGUCCAAUGCUGUCCGUCGUGCUCCAGAGGAGGAGAUCGCCGAUGAGAACGAAGUAUUGGCGACAUCAGAAAUCGUCCCUGACCCAGAUCCCGUUCCAGACCCCGAUCCUGAAGUUGCGUUGGGUCCAGACAUUGAGCCCGCCUUGACCAUCUCUCCCUCUGCUGUAGCUGUGGAGGCCGCAGUAUUGGAACGAAUCGGUUUUUGCGGAAGCUUGAUGUUCAUACUUGAGAUUGAUGAGGAGCUCUUCUGGUUUGACAGCGUCAUCAUACUGAGAGUCUUGCCGAUAUCCCGGAUAGAGCUGGAUGAAUGCUGA